UAGGGUCAGUGCAAUAGAGUGAGUCUGUGGAGGUGGACGUGCUCUGAUUUCAGUCGUGGAUCACCCGUCGUCUGCUGCACAUAAUGUGGGGUGUUAUCGGCCUAUUUCUGGCGGCGUUUGCUGCACUGCUGCUCUGGGACUACCUCUGGAGGAAGCGGCGCAAUGACAUGCUGCACUACAUGCCGGGUCCCCGACCGCUGCCCCUUCUGGGCAAUGUUCUCAUGUACCGCGGUUUGGAUGCUGAACAAAUCAUGGACUUUGUGGCCAAGAACCAGGCCAAAUAUGGUAGAAUCUACAAGGUCUGGGUCAUCCAUCAGUUGGCCGUUUUCUCGACGGAUCCCAGGGAUAUUGAGUUCCUCCUGAGCAGCCAGCAGCAUAUAACCAAGAAUAAUCUGUAUAAACUGCUCCACUGCUGGCUGGGAGAGGGUUUGCUAAUGAGCACUGGAAGGAAAUGGCACGGACGCCGGAAGAUCAUCACUCCCACGUUUCACUUUAAGAUUCUGGAGCAGUUUGUGGAGAUCUUUGAUCAGCAGAGUGCUGUAAUGGUGGAGAAACUAAAGUCCAAGGCGGAUGGGAAGACUCCCUUCAAUAUCUUCCCGGUGGUGUGCCUCACGGCUCUGGAUAUUAUAGCAGAGACCGCCAUGGGCACCAAGAUUAAUGCCCAGAUGAAUCCCAAUCUACCCUAUGUCCAGGCUGUCAAUGAUGUUACCAAUAUCAUGAUCACCCGGUUCAUCAAUGCCUGGCAGCGCGUUGACUGGAUCUUCCGUCUGGUCCAGCCCAAGGAGGCCAAGCGACAGGACACGGCCAUUAAGAUAAUGCACGACUUCACCGAAAACAUCAUCCGGCAGAGGCGACAGACUUUGGUGAGCUCCCAGGACCCGAGCUCCUCCUUGGAACUGGUGGAUGAUCUGGGCCAGAAGCGCCGCAUGGCCCUCCUGGACGUCCUGCUGCAGUCCACCAUCGAUGGAGCGCCACUGAGCGACGAGGAUAUCCGGGAGGAGGUGGACACUUUCAUGUUUGAGGGCCACGACACCACCACCUCGGCCAUUUCCUUCUGUCUGUACGAGAUCUCGCGGCACCCGGAGGUCCAGAAGCGCCUCAUCCAGGAGAUACACGAGAUCCUGGGGGACGAUACUCAGAGACCGGUCACGCUGCGGGACCUGGGAGAGCUGAAGUACAUGGAGAAUGUGAUCAAGGAGUCCCUGCGCCUGCAUCCGCCAGUACCCAUGAUCGGUCGUUGGUUCGCCGAGGAUGUGGAAAUACGUGGCAAGCGCAUUCCGGCUGGUACUAAUUUCACCGUGGGAAUCUAUGUGUUACUCCGCGAUCCGGAGUACUUUGACUCGCCGGAUGAGUUCCGACCGGAGAGGUUUGAGGCUGAUGUGCCGCAGACUCACCCCUUUGCCUAUAUACCCUUCUCGGCGGGUCCCAGGAACUGUAUUGGCCAGAAGUUUGCCAUGCUGGAGAUGAAGAGCACUAUUAGUAAGCUCCUCCGUCACUUUGAGCUUCUCCCCCUGGGUCCUGAUCCGCGUCCUUCCAUGAACAUCGUUCUGCGGUCCGCUAAUGGCAUACAUUUGGGUCUGAAACCACGUUCCGCAGCUGGAGAGGAUUGAUCUGAAAGAUUUUAGUGUCUGAAAUGAUGAAUUAAAGUCAAGCUGACCUCAGGGAAUUGUAAAUUUUAGAGCUAAAGUCUUAUAAUCGAUUUUAAAAACAACUUCAAUGUAAAUAUUUAAAAAAUCCGAGUUAUAAUUAUAAUUUAAAGGAGGUUCUACCACAAAAAGGUGGAUAGUUUUCGUGGACCUUGUAGACCGUUUCUAAUAGGUCAUUAAAACCAUUAAUGAUACGUAUCAUCAUUUAAAAUAUAUAAACUAAAUGAA